AUGGACCGAGAAGAGCCUCCACCCGCCGCUAGUGGCCCGAUCUACACGGUAUCCUACUUGAUAGCCUACAGUUGGAGCGGAUUCAUGCCCCGAGGGAUCGCCCCCAGCGUGGGGGAGGUCGAGCAAGCUUGGCUUACUGUCCAGGACAUGUAUCAGAAUGGAUUGGAUGAUCUCGCUCGACUGAUCUUGGAUCAAGCAUUCUGGCUCACGAGGCUGAACUGGAACAUCGGUCUUGACUUCAUGAGCCCGGCCCCGGACUGGAACAUCGAUCUUGACUUCAUGGACCCGGCCCCGGCGCAGCAGGCACCUGUGUUUGAUCAUCUCAGCGACGGAGGCGACCAGCUCAGCCAGCUCGGAGACGACCAGCUCAGACUCGACCUUCUCGUCGCCGCCCAACUUGCACCUACACCUACCGGUCUUGACUUCAUGAGCCCGGGCCCGGCGCAAGACGCACCCGUGUUUGACCAUCUCAGCAACGGAGGCGACCAGCUCAGACUCGACCUCCCACCUACACCUACGACAGGAGACUGGAUAGCACCACAGCAGGCACCCGUGUUUGGUCAUCCCAGCAACGGAGGCGACCAGCUCAGCCUCGACUUUCUCGUCGCCGCCCAACAUGCACCUGCACCUACACCUGCGACAGGAGUUUGGAUAGCACCACAGCAGGCACCUCGAACUCAAUCCCACUUCGCCCCAGCAGAGAGCACCGUGCCAGUGACAGAGCAACCAGACCAGCAUUCGCUUUUUCUCCAACAGAUCUGGCACCACCUCACGGCCAGCACCUCACUGCCGGGCAUGGAUCCUGGCGAACUUCCUUCCUCUAGCUUGUAUUUGCAGGGUGGCGAAAAUCCUCCGAUCCCACCAACGAUGAACACAGCACAAGGCUCGGGCGAGGCCGCUGCCGCUGCCGCCGCUACUGGUGGUGGGCUGCCCAGUCACCAACAGACAAGACCAAGACGCCCAGGUCGGGAAUGGGUGUUUGUAUGCGACGUUUGCGGAGCUGGGGUGCGAGAGACCCGAGACUUCAACCAGCACCAGGUUUACGGCGCCUCGAGAGCAGGGUUCGCUGUCCGCUUAGUCCCAGACAAUCCUCCAACGUGGAUUGGCAUCAGCAGUGUCACGGGAGAAACGUUCUCCGGAACCAUGUGCAGAGCCCCAGCCCCCAACCAGCUCCCAACGCCUCAUUCUCAGUCUUGCGCCGUCGAGCUCCGGGCCUGGCGCGCCCGCAGAGAGCGGGAGGGAUACCGGCCAAGAACAGCCGGUGCCGCCAGACCGAGGACUUGA